AUGUUUGAAUGUUACACACUCUGCAAUGGUGAAGAAAAUUGUGUUGGUUUCAACUACAGAACAACACAAAAUAUCGAAAAUUGUCAACUGACAAACGUCACCAACAACAGAGGCAACUCUAAGAAAGGAGAUUGGAUAUUGAUGCGUCUUGAUAUAGCGGUUGGUGAGAAAAACAAUCCUGGAAAGUCGUGUUUAGACAUUCUUCUACGGAAAAAAACAGCAUCUUUGGGAAACGGAGAAUACUGGAUUAAAUUGGACAAUAAAACAUUAAAAGUUUACUGUGAUAUGAAAAGUGAUGGAGGUGGCUGGACACUGGUUACUAACCUUGUUGUAAAUCAGUCCAAAGGAAUGGAUGUCUUUCUGACAGAUGAUUAUAAACAAAUCAGUGAAUACAAAAACCAAAAGCUUGCAAUAUCUACGUAUGCUCUUCACGACCUCGCAUCAAACAUGUCGUUCAAUCAACUCAGAUUUUUCUGCCGUAAAAAGACUGUAGGACGAGUCUUUGAUAUCGCUACAAAUAAAACCAACAAUCUUGGUCAAGAAGUUAUUAAGUAUUUUACUGCUCAGACAAACACCCUCCCCAAGAGCUGUGGAUCUUAUUAUCGUUUACCUGAUGACAAUUCGACCAUGGCCAGUCAGUGUGCUCAGUGGGGUUAUGAAUCGGGAAAUUUCCAUGUUGGUAAAUGGCAUUACGAAGGACUUCCGGUGAAAUAUCGUUUAUUUGAUAUUCCGGUCUUUAUUGGCUUCAAGGUUCACUGUUUAAUUCAACAACCACAUAGCCGUUGGGAAUGCGAUGAUUACUCUUGGGAUAAUAAUGACACAUUGUCGCGCAAUGAUUUCUGGAAAAUUUUUGUUCGUUAA